AUGCAGACUGCUUCUACAAACAUUUGUUAAAGAAUGGGUCGCUCUCAGGAGCUCAGUGAAUUCAAGCAUGGUACCGUGAUAGGUUGUCACCUGUGUAAUAAGUCCAUCCGUGACAUUUCCUGGCUACUAAAUAUUCCACGGUCAACUGUUAGUGGUAUUAUAACAAAGUGGAAGAAACUGGGAACAAAAGCAACUCAGCCACCAAGUGAGUGGGAUCAGCGCGUGCUGAAGUACUGAAGUAAGUUGCCAACUGUCUGCGGAGUCAAUAGCUAAAGACCUCCAAACUUGGUGUGGCCUUCAGAUCAGCACAACAACAGAGCUUCAUGGAAUGGGUUUCCAUGGC